AUGCCGGGAACUGUCCACCUCGAAACAAACGAAACUGCAACACCAACGGCAAUGCCGCCGCGACGCGUUCCAGUAGCGAUAAAACAAACGCUCAAGAAUGAACUCGCUCGUUUGGAAACACGUCAAAUCAUUACAAAGGUUAUUGAACCAACAGACUGGGUAUCGUCAUUAGUCGUUGUCCACAAAUCGAAUGGGAAAAACAGGAUAUGUAUUGAUCCCCAACAUUUAAACACUGCUUUGAAACGUGGACACUAUCCGCUUCCUGUGAUCGACGACAUUUUGUCACAUAUAUCGAACGUGAAGGUCUUUUCUAAAGCAGAUUGCAAAGAUGGAUUCCUACAGUGCGAACUAGACACAGAGUCAUCUUACCUCACGAACUUCCAGACGCAUUGGGGCCGAUAUCGCUACAACAGAAUGCCAUUUGGCAUCAGUCCUGCCCCAGAGAUUUUCCAACAGAAACUAGACCAAAAUUUAGAAGGUUUCGAUGGAGUAUUCAUAAUUGCCGAUGACAUCUUGAUCACUGGACGCGGUGACACACUCGAUGACGCGAAUCGCGAUCAUGAUGCGAAUCUAAGCGAAUUCAUGCAACGAUGA